AAUAGGCUUAACCUACCUACUGGUUUGCUCAAUAUACUUUUAAUAAAAAAAAGCAAUUUCUCUCGUGGCUGGUGAUUUUUGAGCUUAAAUAUAAGUCACGUGGAUGUUAAUGCUAGAUAGUCGGUGUAUGACGUAUAAUUUCACGGACCGGAAGCUGUCUUAAAAUAAUUAAUAAUUAAUAUAAUAAAGUUUUGUAAAGGGUUUACUUUGUACUUGAUUCAGCACUGCUGGUGAAUUCCUGUGAUUGGCGCCGUCACCAGUCAGCCGAGCGAACAUGGAGCCGAUUGCACACGUUGUUAAAGUGUCCGUGCCGAAUUAUCUAGCUGGUCUGCCGAUUCCCGACUCGAUCGGGGGAUGGUUUCGACUGGGAGUCAGAGACUGGUUCGCUCUAUUACCACCCACCGCCCUACUCGCGGGAUUGGGGUACAUGUCAUACAGGGCAUUUUGCCCCCACGGCAGACGUGGGCUGUGCGGUCGCGUCAAUCACAAAGUAAAGAAGGAUAUCCCUAAAGUAGUAGAUACAGUUGAUGUCGAAGAUAUCUCUGAGAAGGCUGUGUUUUGUCGCUGUUGGAGAUCCGAAAACUGGCCGUACUGUGACGGUAGCCACGGCCGUCACAACAACGAACUGGGUGACAAUGUCGGCCCACUGGUUGUCACGAAGAAAAAAGAUUAAUUAUCAUGACAACCGCUUGUUAUUGUAAGAUAGCUAUUGACGCGUCACGAUAUAGAUAUAUAUAUAAAAAAAGGUCAAAGAUAGGUGGAAAUCUAUCUCCUCUUUGUAGAUAAAUUUACAUUGUCUGCCAAUCUAUUUUUUGAAACGGCUGGCCUCUAAGGGAAGGUUUACAAAUAAAUUUACUUCAGAUAUACAUGAAUUCUGUGGUUUUAUUGUUACUUUUUAUGUAAGAAUAAUAUGUGCAGUAUAUCCUGUAUAUUAUUAUAGUAUUUCUAUUAAUCUAAUUACAUGUUCUCAACUGUAAAUUUAUUGAUUUUGAAUAAAAAAACAUUUUGAGUA